UUAUAUAUAUAAAUUUUACGGGGUUACAGUGUUAAAGAGUUGAGAGAGUGGUAGCCGAUGAAAUUGUAAAUUGAUUUCCUAAAUUAGACGAACCGUUGAAAUCCUGCCUCCGUCUGCACUUUCCAUCUCUCUCUUUGUUUCUUCCCUUCGUUGUCCCCCAUUUCUCUGCACCUGAAUAACACAGGGGGAUCACGUCCUUUUUCUUUUUUGUUGUUGGGAAGAAAUUCGUCUACACCAAUCAACUAGAUAUUUUCCGCGUUACUUUUUCUCAUUUUUGAGGUAAAAGAAAAUACAGAUUCUUCAAUUAUCUGCAUUUUGGACGAUUUAAUAUUUGGAAUGUUUUAGCUUGUUUAUUCAGGAUUCGGAGAAAAAAAAAAGAAAAAUUACAACCCUAGUUCUUUUGUGAAAGGUUCGAUUUGGGGGAAAAUAUAGGCGAUGACAGGAGGGUUAGGAGAAGGUAAUUUUUGUUGAAGAUUUGAUUGCCCCAUGUGUAUGGAUCGGACUUGGGUAAUCCUCAUAUUGGGUAUUUUCUUCUGUUUAUUUGUUCUUCCUGUUCAGUCGCAGCAAAAUGUAAAUCCCCCCAAUUUACAACCGCCGCCGGACUCUGAUAAAUCGCCGCCUCCGCCUCCGGAGUCCAAGAAAUCGCCGCCUCCUCCGCCUCCGCCACCACCACCGCCCCCUCCACCUCCACCUCCACCUUUAGCAUCGCCUCCUCCUCCGCCUUCACCUCCUCCACCAGCUCCUCCGCCACCUGCAACACAGAACACAACCUCCCUCCAGCAUCACCAUAAGCCUAAUGUUAAUAUUAGCCCACCUAGGGCACCAUCAAAGGGGAAAAAGCUAAAUUGGGGGAAGAAACUCGGGUUAAUGUUUGUGGGUAUUGCCACGAUCUUGCAGGUCUGUGUGGUGGCAUUUUUGAUAAUCAAGAGAAGGCAAUUGUUGGAGGCAGAUUCUAGAUUUUGAAGAUAAGAUUUUCAAUUUGAAUCUUAUUUGGCUUCCAUUUCUUUUGACUAAUUAUUAUUGUUAGCUUGUGGAGCAUGUUUUAUAUAGCUAGAGUUCUACAAAAUUGAGAUUCUUUGAAAGGCGGAUUUGGCAAUGAAUAUGGCGAAAAUUAAGGAUUCAGCUCAAGAUUGGUGUCCACAUUUCUGUUUUUGCUCUUGUAAAUUGGUCAUAAAGGAAAGUUUUAAGAUGACAUUGCCUCCUUUUAUCAUUUUUAAGGAACUGGGGUGGAUUCGUUUUGAAGGACAUUAAAGAUAAACAUAUUUUCUGUCUGGGAAGAAAUGGACCUUGUAGGGAGGCAAGGAUAAGGAUACUUGUUGUUAGAGGCACGACUUGUCGUUGUCAAGCCGUAAUGCUGACUUGUACCAUAGAGAUUAAACACCAAGAAAACCAUUUAUUUUUGGGUAUAAUUAUAAUAUAGUCUCUCAUAUAAUUAGCCGUAA